AUGGAGUCGCUAUUGUUAACCUUGGUCAUUGUGUGUUGGGCGAUUUUCUUCAGUUUCUUUGCUCUGGUCGUGGACUCCCAAGGAAAUGUGAUUAUUCAAUCCCAAGCAUCACCAACAACACCAGAUUCUCCACCUUCGUCGUUGUCACCGCCACCACCUCCAUCUCCGUCAUUUCCAUCAUCACCGCCUCCUCCUCCUCCGCCGCCACCGCCACCACCUCCGCCAUCUCCAGCGACACCUCCUCCACCUCUACGUCCUCCGCCCCCACUGAGAAAAAGCGCUCACCGUCCUACUACAAGUCACCCUUCAACAAACAGGACAACAGGAUCGUCUUCAGCGUCAGAGCGUCGUGGGCACAACAACAACCAGAAGCGUAACCCACGUGGCAAUAAGAGCUCACCAUCGAAGCAAAAGGACAAGCUCAAUUUGGGGAAGAAAAUUGGAUUGAUGUUUGUGGGAAUCGUGGCAAUCUUACAAGUUGGUGUGGUGGCGUUUUUGGUAAUCAAGAGGCGGCAGUUGUUGAAAAAUAGAGGGCAGAUAUUAAACUAA